AUGGCAAAUACUUCGAAGAAGAUGAAUGAUCUCUACAGCUCCCCAUACCUUGUCGACUACUACGACUUGGUCGCCCCGAAAUCCGAUUCUAUCGACGAUGCCUCCUUAUACUGGAGAGUUUACCAAGAGCUCAACUCUCCUCUCCUCAGGGCUCCUAGAGAGCCCUUUAUCAUCAUGGAUGUCGGAACUGGCACAGGCCGUGUUAUUCAAGGUCUUUUGAAUAAUGCGGCUGUGAUUGGCGACGACAUUUCCAACACUCAGAUAUUAGGGGUGGACAAUGCUCAGCACAUGUUGGACAAAGCUGCCCAGAAUCUUGAUCCCCUUUUCAAAGAACAUGUUUCCUGGGUUCUGGGCUCUGCCCUCGACCUAGAGAAUGUCAUGGCUCAAUGCGGAUAUCAAAAGGUCGACCUUUUGAUUUUUUCCAUCGGAUCAAUCAGCCAUUUGUCGGAACAGGGCCAGCCAGAGAGAUUUUUGGAACAGGUCUCUAAAGUCCUGCGUCCUGAUACUGGACGAGCUUAUGUUUCGAUAUACGAUGGCUCGCUUCUGCGGAAGGAGGAGGAUAUUGCCUUUCAUCAACCAGAGGGCGUUACGGAAAUCAAAAGUGCUGCAUUUCCCAACAUCACGUACCGCGAGUCCGAUCAUCGCGGCGAAGUACAAGAUAAAAUCAAAGAUGUGAAGUUCGAACUUCAGGUAGUGGAGAAAACAGAGCUAGGGGAUCAAAUUGUUGAAACAAAUAAUAUUUCCAUGAGAAUGAGGCAGUGGGAAAUAGAUGAAAUAGUUCACUUGGCUUCUGGAACGGGUGUCAGCUUUGUUGAAAAGGCGAGAGGGAAGCAUGAAACCUUUUAUAUCUUUCGAACGGAGUAA